AUGCAUGAAAACAAGCGUGCGGGUUCUGUUGUGUAUUCCUCAUCCUCCAGCAGUAGUGAAGAUGACCGCCGCGGUGUUUCCUCCGCCCCAAUGGCGACAACGCAUGAGGUGGUGGCGCCGCCCCGCGUGGGUGUGAAGGAGCGGGCAAUGAUGUUUGCCGCCCCGACGGGCCCCUCGUCUACUUUGGCGGCCGUCACCUCCACUCCCGCAAUUGCCGCAGAGACAAGUGGAGAGAAAACUUCAACGACAGAAGAGAAGAGAGGUCGGACGGCAGCAGUUCCCAUCUCGUCCCUUUCAGUAAAGAGAUGCGUGACAGAUGGAGAGAUUAAACCCGGAAUGCGAGUAUUAUUUCGCUCUCCAAUAAUAAAAACAACAGCAACUCUACUUGAAAGGGGUUCUACUACAUCCUGGGAAUUGGGAAAAGUUAUUGAGUUGUUGCCCUGUACCGAUAAUGAUGAUGAUAAUAAUGAUAGUCUUGAUGGGGAUGAUGACGAUAAGACUAGAGGGUUUCUUACCAGUAAUAAUGACGUAAUGGUAGUUAUUAAUAGUUUCACAGGGAGGUUUUCUGAAGAGCGACAAAUACGAACUAAACUACGAUAUGUGCGGCGGUACAGCUAUGAAGGAUCACCGUUUGAUCUGAAUGAUCUUUCUAUUUUACCGGAACCUAGUGAUGCAGCUUUGCUCUACUCUCUAAGAGAACGUUUUUUCGAAGGAUUGCAUUAUACUUUUGUUGGGCGAGUCAUGUUAGCAGUGAAUCCUUAUGAACGUUGUAAGUAUCCUUCGAAUGUUCCCCAUCCACGGCAAAUCUCAAGAGCUGCAAGAGAUCUUUUACUUAUCCAUAGAAGUAAUGAUUUCAAUAAUAAUAAUAAUAAUAAUAAUAAUAAUAAUAAUAAUAAUAAUAAUAAUAAUAAUAAUAACAAGAGUAGUGUUAGUGAUGGUAAUAACGAUGGUAAUAUACAGACUGGGACUGAAGAUAGAAUAGGGGUAAAUUCAGGUAGUUCUCUCACUGUUCAACAACGCCCAGUGGCUCUCAUUGUUACUGGAGAUAGCGGAGCAGGGAAGACAGAAACAGCAAAACUUGUACUUUUUCAUUUUCUUGCUGAUUCUUUAUCUGGGAUGAAGAAGUUUUCAUCACUUUCAACGAGUGAUGCAUUAGAAACUGUAUCGAAACGUAUCCUUGGAAUUCUUGAAGCAACAAAUUGUCUUCUUGAGUCAUUUGGAAAUGCAUCAACACCACUUAAUGAUAACUCCUCACGCUUUACGAAGUCUGUCACGGUAUUCGUAGAUUCAAAAACUGGUGAAGGAGUUGGUGCCCGUAUGGAAUGUUAUCUUCUUGAAGUCUCACGUUUAGUCUCCCGUUUAUCAGGUGAAUCCACCUUUCACAUCUUUAGUAUGCUUUUUGCAAACAAAGACGGUCUGACUCCUGAAGAACAGCAACGUUUUGAUAUUUGGGAUCCUACACUCUUUCGUUCCAUGUACUCCAGUGGAGGAGAUGUCUAUCUUGGAACUUCACCCUAUACAUUUUCUCAAGUUCGUACAGCAUUAGAAUUAAUUGGUCUAGACACGGAUAAAAUUAAUUCUGUUAUACGAAUACUAUCUGGUAUUCUGCACCUUUUAAAUAUUGAAUUUACAGCACGUGACCUUUUUGCUCCUGCAUUUAUCGUUCCUACAUCAAUGUCAGCUUGUAAGAAGGCAGCAGAAUUACUUGGAUUUCCUUCCAUAAAUGAACAUGAUUCACUAGAGGCUAUGUUGACAACAGUACGUUUAGGAGGAGAAAUUCGUCAGUUGCACUCUGCAGCAGCGGAAUCGACACGGGACUCUGUUGCUAAACAUCUUUACGAAUCGCUUUUUCAGUACAUUGUUUAUAUGAUAAAUAAAUCACUUUUACCAAAUAGUAGUACGGGAUUGGAACAAUACGGUCGAUUUUCACUUUUGGAUAUUUUUGGUUUUGAAGUUAAAAAUCAAAAUUGUGGAAAUAACGACCUAGAGCAACUACUCAUUAACUACACAAAUGAGGCGAUUCAAUAUUUAUACGAAGAGACCACUUUUGAGUCUCUAUUUACAGAAGCAUUACGUGAAGGAGUUCAAUUGGAACUUUCAAAAGAAGAGAAUCAUCAUCGUAGUGGUGAUACAUAUAAUAUUUUCGUACAAAGACCUCAAGGAGUUUUAAAUAUAAUAAAUGAUGAUAGCCUUUUAUCGCAGCGAUCACGUCAAGAGGGUGGAAAAAAUUUAGCCGCCAUGUUAGCUUCACUUCAGAAAAAAUUUCCAAACUUGAUAAAACCUCAUCAAACAGAUCCUACAAAAAUAUCUAUACAACAUUAUUGUGCAAAUGUGUUGUAUGAUACCCAAAAUAUGUCUGCCAAAAAUCGUAUUUCUACAGCUGCUCCUUUAAUUUGUGCAACGAGUACGGAUACUUUUAUUUUAGAUAUCUGUAAAACCAUUUCAUCUUUAUCUACUGGACAACAUUCUUCAUCUCUUACAGAAGGUGGUAUGAGUGUAUUUUCACCCAGAUCACAUGCUACAACACUUAUCGCACGCUUUCGUGCACAAUUAGAUGAACUUAUAUCAGAACUAAAGAACUCUGAACUUCUUUGGAUCAGGUGUAUAAAACCAAAUAGUAACAAACAUCCACACAAAUUUGAUUCAACACUUGUUUUAUUACAGUUAAAGUCUGCUGCUGUAUUGAGAACACUUUUGCUAUUUGGAAAAGGAUAUUGUCACAGUUUUAGUUAUAAAACUUUUGUGCAAAAUUAUCUUUCUCUUGCCGUUCGAGGAUAUUGCUGUGAUGCGCUUGAAAAUGGCAGCUCCAGCAAAGAAAUUUACACUUCCUCAUCCCCUCCCUAUUUAUCAUCUUCUUCAUCCUUUUCACGUGGUGGGAUGUUUGAAAAAUCAAAGUUGCGUAAUUCUUCAGUUAGUCAUAUUCGAUUGCAACAAGUUGCACCCUACUAUGAUGCUGUGUACCAAGCAAGUUUUCGAGAGGCUUGUUUUUUGGCAACUCAACUUAUUCCAUGUUGUAUGAACAAUGCACUUUUACUGGGUAGCAGUAAAGUAUUUUUGCGAUCGAGUACCUUGAGAAAUUUAUUGGAAUUAGGAGAUAAAGCAAAAAUGGAAGCUUCUCAACGAAUUGGACAGGUAGGACGUGGAUAUAUUGAACGAUGUUCCUUGGCAACUAUUCGAUUUUCUAAGUUACGUGAAAAACAUCUCACUGCUAUAAGAGAACGUAUUGCGGAAGAGAUGCCUAAACGAGAGAUUUUAGAGAUUGAGCGUGAAUCUAUGUUAAUGAAAUCUUGUGAGGGACGUGCAGAACUCUUGGCUUCUUUAUCACGUCAAGCGAUGAAAUCAUCUAAGCGUGUUGAGAAACAAUGGAAAGAGUCAAUGGAGUUAAUGACAUUAGAACUGCGAAAAUCAUUUGAAGAGGUAUCUUCAUAUGAGACGGUACGUCUUCGAAAAGAAAAAGAAGUACGUAAUGAGGCAGCAAUGGAGAAGAUGUACAAGGCGCAGGCGUGGGAGGCUGUGGAACGUGAGAGGAGACAACGACAUCAAGAGGAAAUGGCCAAGCGUCAAGUAAAUAAAAACUCUACUGCUGUCAUUCGCCGAAGUUGCGCCGAUAAUGAUGCGGAGCGUGUGAAGGCGAUACAGCGAGAGAUCAUACAUGCCAGACAAGUGCAAUUGCGGGCGGAGCAGGAAGUACUGCUGGAGCGGCGGCAGCGGGAAGUGCGGCUGCAGGAGCAGCGGGAAGCGAGAGAAGUACGGCAACAUCUCGAGAAACAGCAGAGACGAAUUGCGGAACGUGCGCGUCUAAGAGAAGAAAUGGCUCAACGACACUCAAAAACAGGUUCCCUUCCCCGAUCUGACCAAUCCAGUUUCACGGUUUCUGGUGUAGAGAGAGGUACAUCAGGAGAUCCAGCAAGAGACCACGCAUUUUGUGGGUUGGUGGUGUCCCCCUCGUCGAACAUGAGCCGAACGGCUUCAACAAAUUCUUUUCCCUUUGCAAAUCAAAAAGAACGAAGAUUAGGUAUCGGAAAGGAUAGUUGUGAUCCAGAGGUGGAGUGGGCCAUUCAAAAGGACAUGAUGGCACUAUGGGAAUCCCUACAAGAUAGAACAACCAGUGUUUGA